UGAUAUACAUCCUAAAAUCUUUAAAAAAAUAAAACUUUGCUAUCCAGAAUAUAAAAUUAAACAUUUCUGGAAACACUGAAAGCAUGUAAACGUGACGUCACAAGUGGGAUUGGCAUGGUAUUUCGUCAUCAACCAAACUACGUCACGAGUAAUACAGUUUGGAUUUUAAACUUCUGAAACCCUCAAAACGGUCGCCGAAUCCACAGAAGGAACUAAAAUGCCGGAAAUUCAACAAAAUGCUACGGCACCACCGUCACAAUGUCCUGAAGGAAUGAGCAAACCAGCUAAAAAGCGACCAGUUGGAAAAGAUGGAAAGCCUUUGAAGCCUUGCUGUUGUUGCCCGGAAACUAAAACGGCAAGAGAUGAAUGCAUUGUAAAUAGAGGAGAAGAAGCUUGCGGUGACCUUAUACAAGCGCAUAAACAGUGUCUUAGAGAUCUUGGUUUUAAUAUAUAACAUUAUGUUCACAUUUUGAUUUUGUUAUUGCAACUGUCUUGUAUGUUAGUUUAGUAACUGGAGCCUCGCGUUGUUGUAUGUUUAGUCUCUUUUUGUCAUUUUUAAAUAUAUUUAUUAUCCCUUACUGCGAGAGGGACCUCAUUGCUAAAUACAUUUUUUAUGCUGUGAUUCGUAAUUGUUUAUUUUUAUUGAAUAACAAGGAAUCUCAUAUCACAUUUCAGGAUUUAGAAAAAAACAACUUCUGCCAAAAAGAAAUUUACACACUAAACUGUUUUUUGCAACUUUUUUGAAAUCUACCAUUUUUAAUUACACAAAUUAUAAUCCCAUCAGUUUUGGUUACUUUCACCGAAUAUUGUGUGUGUAAUAAAUUAUUAAUUCGGUAUUGAAAAUUCAAAAAUUGUCUUCUAAUUUUCGGGGUCGAAAUAACAUUUGAAGUUCCCGUUUCUCAUGUUACGGUCCAAUAAACACUAGCAUAUUUGGGGAUGA